AAUGUAUGGCGUGUGGAAAGAGCUGUGCUCAGAGCUCUCACCUUACUGUCCAUCGACGAAUCCACACAGGAGAGAAACCAUAUAAAUGUGUGGAGUGUGGGAAGAUCUUUGCUGACAAGAAUGUACUUACUGUCCAUCAGCGAAUCCACACAGGGGAUAAACCAUAUAAAUGCACAGAGUGUGGGAAGAGCUUUGUUCGGAAUGCAUUCCUUACUGCCCAUCGACGAAUUUGUCAGGUCCAGUAUAUAUCUUAACUAUACUGACUCCAUUUUCUAAUGCUUUUAGUGUUUAAGUAUUUUCUCCUCAGGUGCACC